AUGGCGAGAGAAGAAUCGUUCGACCGAGUCGGUUUCUACGAGGCUGCCGUCGCAGUCAAGCUUUCUGGGCUCGAUACUGAGAUCGCAACAGCACAAGAUAGGGACGAUACGGAUCCUCGAUUCAUAUGCUUACGGUGUUCGAUCGACCGACGCAGUGUCAUCGGUUGGCGGGCGGCGAUGGUAAUGCAUUGUCAUGCAAUACCUGACAACUGGGUACUUCUUUCAGAAGAAUCCGACAUCCAGUUGGCUCUCGAGCUAGAGAAGCAGGCAAAGAUCUGCAUGUUCCAAGACCACUGGUCAUACGACAUCAAGUGUACCUAUUGCUCACUUAUCAAGAAAAAAUCGGAAUUUCUACCACACCUAAGUAGUUUCAGACGAAGUAUCCCCAGAGGAUUGGACGUGGCCGCUAGCUUCCGGACACCAAUACUGUAA